CUCCAGCAGAGGGCUCUAUAGUACAUAUCGCUGCUCCUCAGCUCUGUGGAGAGAGAGAGUAACCAGAGGGGUUAUUUUUCCCUCUUCCUCUCAGUCUGUGAGGAGGAUGGAGCUGGAAAUCUAAAGUGAGAAGCUGGAGCCUGCAGAGUUCCAGUGAAGCUCCGAGUCUGAACCAGACCUCCCCGCAGAGGCCGUCAGAACACCAUGAAGCUCUGGUUUGUGCUUUGCCUGGCACUGCUCUGGGUGGAGGUCCAAAAUGGUGCCUGCCAACAAGUCAAGCGGAAAAAAGACGUAGGAGAGAACCGCAUCCGGCCUGGAGGGAAACGUGUGAAGAUAAGACACCCCAAACUAAAAGAUGGAGGAGUUAAAGGCCAGUCCCUGUUGACUCAGGUUUUAGAUAAGGGACGCUUUGUCCGCCUGGGCCCGAGCACGACUCUGACACCCGGGAAGAACAUGGAGCUGCGCUGCAAAGGCAACGCCAUCGGAUGGUCCUACCCGACCUACUUGGACACCUUCAACGACUCACGCCUGAGCAUCAGGCAGAGUGACAAGUUCAGUCAGCUGAUCCUGACGUCGCCCUCUGCUGCUGACACGGGGCCCUACAGCUGCUGGGUGAUAGUGUGUGACGGCACCGAGUGUGAGAAGGACCACGACCGCACCUAUGUGUCAUACAUCUACUUCACAGACAAAGACAACCUCUUCGUCCCCUCUGCCAUCCACUUUGAGAUCGUAUACCUGCGGCCUGACAGGCCUGCUGUGGUUCCCUGUCGUGUGACUGACCCGCAGGCCAAGGUCUCCUUGCACAGAGAAGUCCCUCCAGAGGAGAUCACAGCCAACAGUACGCUGGUGACCUACGACCCCACCAAGGGCUUCGUUCUGCAGAACCCCAGCCUGGAGCAUCAGGGAGUCUUCUACUGCAAGGCUGUGACCAGAGGCACCCCACAGAUCUCCACCAAGUACCAGCUGCUCUAUGUGGAGGUUCCUAGCGGACCACCAUUUGUGAGCCUUGAUGCCUCUCCCGAGUCUGUGAGAGGAGGAGACAACGUCAACGUGACCUGCACAGUGCUGGGGGAGCCAGAGGUGGGCGUGAGCUUCAUCUGGUCUUAUCCUGGUCAGGACCGCCGUCCUGUUCACAUCCACACAUCCUGGAGGCUGGUUAACAGGGGGAUGGGCCACACCACGCGCGUCUCCCAGAGUGUCAUGACUAUAGAAGACAUGGAGACCAUCGACUUUGGAAACUACGUCUGUAAAGCCAAGAACCAGCACGGUGAGACGAUGGUGAUGACUGACAUCAUCUCCAAAUAGCUCACUAGAGAGAGGAGAUGAAAUCAACAUGUAUAUAUACAUAAAAACUGGUGUAUUUUUAGAUUGCAGAUUGUGGAAACAUAAUAAAGAUUUGCUCCAUC